AUGUUAAUAUUAUUUGAUUUUCGAAUUAUUCUUACCAUUUUGGAAUGUUUCAUAGACGACGAUGACGAGCAAGACCGUAAUUCGCCUGGAAUUUGUGUUUCCUUAGCUGGAACUUCGGACCGCAAGAAGGAACAUCUGGGAGUUGCGUCACAGCUUGAGUUACUCAAAGGUUUACACCAGAAGGAUUUCGGCUUCUCUUCUGAAGAUGAGGUGGAAGUACCAGAUUUUCACAAAAGGAACCUUGAUUGGGAGAAUGAUAUUGGAUGUGACUUUGUCAGCUCAAAAGUUGUUGGUUCCACUUCUGAUCCAGAUGAACAGAUCUCGAGUGUUGAGAAAGGAAGAAAGAUGCUUUUCAAACCCAUCAAAGGUGGGAAUAAUGUAUCUGAGAUGCUCGAUCGUUACACUAAAGGAAAUGAAAAACAGUUUGAGCCCUGCACAUCUUAUGCGGUUGAUAAAGAGGCAAGAAGACUGGAUCAACAGAGUGAAACUGCCAGAAGGUCUACAUGCCAUCCUUUCAAUUCAGAGGACAAGAACCCUGGUGUCAGAUGUAAAACCAAGAAAAGAUCAUCUUUACAGCCUCAUAAACUAGACACUUUUUGGUCUGUUUGGAAAGACAAGUAUCCUAACUCAUCUAAUGAUGAUGAGUUGCUCGACAAAGCUGAAAGUAGUGAGAAUCGGCCCAUGGACAAAACUGGUUCAUUAAUUCCCGGAGGUGGUGAUGAUGAGACAUCAACAAAAAGUCUUGUGGUGCCAAUGGAAGCAGCUAUGCAACAUGAUUAUAAUAAACAUUCUAUGGCUGAACUUUUGGACAACCUCCAGGGAAAGAUCAUGAAUCCUCUCUUGAAGUCAAAAAAGGGUAGUAGGAGAAAAGGAACAGAACAACGUGCUGUUAGCAGAAGCAUGCCUUUGUCACAUAGGGAUAUAAUUAGUGAUGAAGACCUUUGUGAAGCUGUGCAUAGUGGAUCAUCAACAGACAAUGAGGACAAUGCUCAAAUUUUAGAACUUGCUAUAGUAGAACCUGGAAGGAAAACAAUGGCAGACAAAUUCCAGGAAGCCUUUGAUUGUGCUUCAGUAGUAGACAGGAGAGCUUCCUUUGAAGUACCGAAACAAUCCAGCACUGGACUCUUUGGAAGAUUGCAGCGUAUAAUGCAACGGCAGAAGGAACAAGAUGCAGAUUUCUUAAAGAAAGUGCAGACUGAAGUUUGGCCUGAAGAUGGAGCAAGUUGCAUUGAUGUGAAGAUAUUAUCAAGAUCCUUUGAUGCGAAGCUUAGUGUUUGUCAUUGCUCUCUAAUUGAAAACGAGGAGAGUUCACUUCAGAAUCCUCAACAUGAAAAUUUUGGGAAGAUAUGGACUGUCAUCUUUAACUCAAGGGUUUGUGGUGAUGUCGACCUGGAAGUAGGCAACUUAAUUCGUAUCUGUCCGCCUUGGAAAGACGUACAGGUCCUUCGGGGAGGAGAGAUCAUAAUUCUGGCUUUAUACUUUUCCCAGAUCCAUACCUGAGACUCAAGGCAGUAUCAGAUACGAAGCACGAGUAUUUUUUAUACAAUCAAAUUCGCAAGUGGAGCUGA